CUUGUUAUCGGGACUGACUGUAAGACAAACCCUAUUAUACGCGUCGAGACUUAAGAACUCAAGAAUUAUGGAUCAAUUAAAUGACAAUAAAAUAGUGGAGGAAUUGAUGUCAGAUCUGAUGAUCAGCGAUACGGCAGACAAUAGGGUCGAGACGUGUAGUGGAGGCGAACAGAAGCGUAUAGUAAUUGCCUGUGAAUUGACUUCUCAUAUAAAGCCUAAUAUGUUAUGUAUUGACGAACCGACGAGUGGUUUGGAUAGCAAUGCCGCAGAAGUGCCAAAGGAGGUGUUUGUCUGUAUUCAGGAGUUCCCCAACACUUGA